GAAGACCUAUUUAUUGGGUAAAUACAACAGCCUGUUAGCCCUAUUGUUUAAUUAACCAGGCCGGAGGAAGCCCAACGUAAACUGUCAAGAGGUUAUAGGUACCAUCGGGCUUUCUCCCAUUCGAAACCGUUUUCGUAGAUAAUUUAGCCCUAGGUAGUACCGUUCAACACGUUCCCGUAGUUUCUUAGAAUCGAAUUUUUUGUCGGGCUACGACCGAUCAUUUCAACCGUUGUUGGAUUUUUCAGUUGAUCGGGUGCAUUUGUGUGCGCCUCUGUACGUGCUGGAUUUUAGCAAUUUUUGCAGGUCUCGUUGUGUUUGUUGUGCUACCUUUUCCUAACACCAUGGCUACCAGGUUGAAGUGCGAGAAUAAUAGUGAGGUUGGGGUUUUCUCCAUGCUCACCAAUGCUUAUUGCCUUGUUGCAAUUGGGGGUUCUGAGAACUUUUACAGCACGUUUGAAGCUGAGUUGGGUCAUGUAAUUCCGGUGGUUAAAACCUCAAUUGCGGGAACUAGAAACAUUGGGCGCCUCUGUGCUGGAAAUAAAAAUGGGUUGCUUGUGCCUCACAACACUACUGAUCAAGAGCUUCAACAUUUGAGGAACAGCCUACCAGAUUCAGUAGUUGUUCAAAAAGUUGAUGAGAGGCUACCUGCUCUCGGGAACUACAUUGCCUGCAAUGAUCAUGUGGCUCUUACACAUCAUGAUCUUGACAAGCUCCAUCCUCACGCAUCGAUAAAUGAUUUACACGAGCUCUCGUUCAGCCUUAAGGUCCCACUGCUUGCCGGGACUGUGAACCGUGGGAAUGAGGUCAUAGCUGAAGGGCUUACGGUCAACGACUGGACGGCCUUCUGUGGGUCUGACACCACCGACACUGAGCUGUCUAUCAUUGAGUGUGUCUUCAAGCUGACAAAGGCUCAUCCGAGUGCCAUUGUCAAUGAGCUGAGGAACUAA